CAGCCUUUUACAGCUCACUUCAGCAACAUCCUCCUCAACUGAUCCACCAUGAGGUUUCUACACAUCCUGGCUCUCGGCCUCCUCGUCUGCGGCCUGUGUGCGAGAGCUGAUGAGGAAAACACAGAGGAGAAAUCUGAGGAGAAAGUUGAGGACAACUCUGAAGAAGACACAGAGCCAGAGAAGCCAGAAAAGACAGACGAAAUUACAGAAGACAAAGACGUUUUAAUUCUUCACAGCGUCAACUUUGACAGAGCUCUCAGUGAGAACAAAUACCUGCUGGUGGAGUUUUAUGCUCCAUGGUGUGGACACUGUCGCAGUCUGGAGCCCAUUUAUGCUGAAGUGGCUGGACAGCUGAAAAAUGCAUCAUCUGAAGUACGACUGGCCAAAGUAGACGCGAUAGAAGAGAAAGAGCUUGCCUCAGAGUUCAGUGUGGACAGUUUUCCCACUCUCAAAUUCUUCAAAGAAGGAAACAGACAAAAUGCCACUACUUUCUUUGGAAAGCGAACUCUGAAAGGGAUCAAAAGGUGGCUGGAGAAGCACACAGCGCCCAGCGCUACUGUCCUCAAUGAUGUGAAGAGCGCAGAGGCUCUGCUGGAGGCCAAUGAAGUGCUUGUGGUCGGAUUCUUCAAGGAUUUGGAAGGAGAAAAGGCGAAGACAUUCUAUGAUGUAACUUUAAUUGCAGUGGACGUUAACUUUGGCAUCACAAGCGACCCAGAGCUCUUCAAGAAGUAUGAAGUGAAGACUGAUUCGCUGGUGCUCUUCAAAAAGUUUGACGAAAGGCGGGCAGACAUGCCACUCUCUGAUGAAACCAAGCUGGACAAAGGAGAGAUGAUUUCAUUCAUCCAUUCCAACAGUAUGAGACUGGUCGUUCCAUUCAACGAGGAGAAUGCCGAACAAAUUUUCAACUCCAAGGUCCGUAAGCAUUUGCUUCUAUUUCUUAAUACAACAGUGGAUUCCCAGAAUGCAUUAGUAGAGGAGUUUAGAGAGGUUGCCAGUGAGUUUAAGGAGAAGGUGAUCUUCAUCACAGUAGACGUUACGGCCGAAAAAGUAAAUCACGUGCUGAAGUAUUUCAGUAUCUCGGAAGACGAUGUUCCAACUAUUCGUCUGAUCAACACUGAGGAUGUGGUCACAUAUGCAAUGGAUGGAUCAACUAUCAACAAAGACACACUGAGAACGUUUUGCCAGGGUGUUUUUGAUGGUACCGUGAAGCCCUAUUUAAAGAGUCAAGAAAUUCCAGAGGACUGGGACAAGAAUCCGGUUAAAGUCCUUGUGGGGAAGAACUUCAAUGAAGUGGCUUUUGAUGAGUCUAAGAACGUCUUUGUGGAAUUUUAUGCUCCAUGGUGUGGUCACUGUCAACAACUUGCUCCUGUGUGGGAUGAGCUAGGCGAGAAGUACAAAGACCAAGAGAAUAUAAUCAUUGCCAAAAUGGACGCCACAGAAAAUGAUGUGGAAGAUCUGACAAUACAGGGAUUUCCCACAAUUAAAUACUUUCCUGCUGGGACCGAAAAAAAGAUUGUUGACUAUGAUGGAAAUAGAGAUUUGGAGACUUUCUCAAAGUUCCUGGAUAAUGGAGGAGUUUUACCAAAAGAAGAGAGUAAAGAAGAUGAAGAUGAUGAUGAUGACGACAAUGAUGAUGAUGAUGAAGAUAAGCCAACAGACGAAUCAAAAGAAGAGUCACCAAAAGCCACCAAUGAAACCGACAAGGAUGAGCUGUAAAAACAAGGCUUAAAUCAAGCGAUCAAUGUGAUGUUUUUAUGCAACAUGAGCAAGAUUGAUGUCAUUUUCUCUGCACUAGACAAUUUGUAUAAACUACAAACCUGACAAAAUAUAAUAAAAAAACACAAGUUUA